GCGUUCAACUAGAGAAGAAGAAAGACGGCGAGGAAAUCCCAGACGGAAGAGGAAACACUUGGGAAGCUCCGAAAAUGGCUGAAGUGAUCGAACUCCAAAAGCUAAAGUUAGCUGAGUUGAAGCAGGAGUGUGUGCUCCGCGGGCUCGAGGUUAAGGGCAACAAAGGGGAUCUGAUUGCACGGCUGCAGGCGUACAUUGAUGAACACGAAGAUGACGUCAAUGAGGAAGAAGUUUUAGAAGAGUUUACAGAGGAUCUGAAAACUCUGAGUGAGGGGGGCCUUCUAGAGAAUUCACAUUUACAAAAGGAGGCAGCAGCACCUGAGCCAGAAGCUCCGGAGGAGUCGCCAGAACCUGAUGUGGAGCCAGCAAAAAAAGUUGUGAAAAUCACCUUUGAUGAACCAACUGAUGAGAAAUUACAGAAAAGAGCAGAACGCUUUAAUCUUCCUCCAACCUCAGACAGCAAGAAGGCUGCACGUGCUGCAAGAUUUGGACUGCCAGCAACAUCGGCACCCUCCGGAGAAAUCUCUGCUCUUUCAAAAUCUAAUGUCGAUGUUGAGGUCUUGAAGAAGAGAGCAGAGCGUUUUGGCAUGAACGUCUCUUCUGUGUCUAAGAAGGUUGAAGAGGAUGAAAAGAUGAAAAAGAGAAAGGAGAGAUUUGGAAUCGUCACAGGCGCAGCCUCAGUUGGACCCGAUGAUUCGGAGGCGAAGAAGCGAAAACGAGCAGAGCGGUUUGGAAACGUGUGACUGACAUAAGCAUUUUUUUUUUUACUUUUUUGUAUUUUUUUUUUUUUCUUAUCUUUCUAGCAUGGAACGUUAUGCUACUUUAGUCAUUUAUUAUGUUGCAAGUUCUGUACAAUAAACAUCUGCCAAAUUUGUGUCGA